AUGGAGCUGCAGACCCAGGCAGAGCGGCUACUCGCGGUUCUCAGCACUGCGCUUGGUGUCCUCUUUGCGUCCAUCUUUACAUCGGUGGUCACCAACGACAUCUCGGACCUGCGUCGAUUGAAGCGGAUGAGGAAGGAGGCGGAGGACAAGCUCUGCGAUUUUCUCGAGGCGCACCCUGUGCCGCAGAGCCUGGAGCAGCAACUCAGCAGCUACGCGCGCCGGCACAUGUCAAGGGUGGUGCCGCCGAGCAAAGAAGAGCUCGCAGGGUCCUUACCUCACUUCCUCUACGAGGAAUUGUGCCGCGAGGCCUUCACUCCCAUCAUCAGCGGGCAUAUCUUGCUGCCCAGCCUUUGUAGCAAGUACUCGGCUUUCCAGCGUGAGCUGUGCGUCCGAUGCUUUAGGGAGUGGCCCGUCAUGGCGCAAGAGACGCUUUUUCAACCUGGACUGCAAUGUGAGAGCCUGCUUUUUGUGGUGCGUGGCAUCAUCACCUACAGCAAAGCUCUUCUACCUCCAGUGACAGGCUCCAUCUCCACCACUUCUUGGGCUCAGAUAGUGCCCGGAUCGGCAGGUGAGCCUGGUGAGGUGUCGGCAUCAAGCCUCUCGGAAUGCGAUUGGCUUUGCGAGCACUGCCUUUGGACGACUUGGAGCUAUGUGGGACAAGCCCGUGCUGACUCCGGGGCCGACAUGCUCUGCCUAAGCCGGGACAGGGUGUGUGAGCUGGCUCAGGUCUACAAGGAGGCCGCCGCCGAACUCGCCAGGUAUGCAGCGCUUGCUGUUGGCCUUUUGAACAAUACCGCGGAGGAGGAACUUUCAGACUUGCCCAUCGAGCUGUCUCGGUGA